AUGUCGGUCCUGGGUGGUGCUGUUCUUGCUAGUUUAAACGUUUCAGCCGCCGACCCCAAAGAACCUGAUGUUGAGCCAAGCUCACUUGAACGCGAAUUGCAAACCUUUGAUGCUCUCAACUCAUGGGGCUUAUACUAUGAGCAAAUUCAAAACGCUUCCUUCCUGAGAACAGAUAGUUUAAAAACCUCAGCUGCACGUUUGGCUGAAAAUCGCCUUAAAAAUAGAUACAGGGAUAUCUGUCCUUAUGAUGAAACGCGAGUUGUUCUCCGUCAAUGUUCUAGUGGCGAUUAUAUUAACGCGAGUUAUGUGCAUAUUGACGAAGUUCCCUCCAGGCGGUAUAUUCUCACCCAAGGUCCUCUGCAACUCACUACUCAGCAUUUUUGGCAAAUGGUCUGGGAACAGCAUUGUCCAGCUAUUAUUAUGCUCAACCGUAUUCUCGAGAAGGGCACAAUU